AUGUUUGGAGCUGAGAACAAUCCAAGGUUGAUAUUGUGCAGAUACACAGUUAUGGGGAUAGAUUUACUGCAAAAUCCUGUUGUGGAUUGUCCAUUGAGCAAGGCAAAAAGGAAAAGACAGAGAGCGAAGAAGAAAAUGAUGGAGAAAAAUGCACCAGUAACAGCGAACAAUAUUGAUGAAAGUUCGAAAGUACCGGAUGAAAAAAGAGAAUGUGCGUCAGCCAACUGUGAUUCUGGUAAGAAUCCUGCACAUACAGAUUUUUCUAUGCAAACCCCGGCAGAAUGCCCUACAAUGGCUGCAGGGUCAACACAAAACCUUUCUGAGGUUGGUGCAAAUCUAGAAAAGAGAACCAAAAGUCACAAGAAAAAGAAGGCAAAGCGAAAGCGUGAGGCUCGAGCCCUAAGUAUCAGCCAGUUAAAGAUGGAUACAGGUAUAGAGCCAACAAAAAAGACUGCUGAAGGGAAGAUGAAUGAGAAACAAAAAAAUAGACCCAAAAAUACCAAGAAGGAAGAAAGUCAAGAUGAGGCUGACCAAGCAGAUGAAAUGUCGAAUUUGCACUUAUCUGAAGGAGGCCAUGGAGGAGUUACUGAUGGGAAGCUAACUAAAAAUAAAUUCACGGCUCAAAAUUCCAAAGAUGUGGUCGAGGUUUCAUGCGUCGGAGUUUCUUCUGGGUCACUUGAAGAGACUCCUGUAGAUAUUUUGAGUCCCAUGGAGGUAGAAGAGAAAUCCUUUCCUUGUGGAGCUCAACAUAGUUCCAACUCUAAUCGCAUGAAUGUUGAGACACUGAAGUUUGAGAAUAAGAUUAAUGAAGAAAGUAAUGAAAUUGUUGUUAGUGAGGAAAAAUUUCUAGCUGGAGGUGGGAGUGUGUUAUCCACUUGCGAUGUUGAGUUCACGACACAUGUUUCUUUCCCUGAUUUGAUGGAAUUUAGACAAUGUCCACAAAGUGCACAGGUUCAUUCUAGUAAGAGAAAGCUUCUAGUCCUUGAUGUGAAUGGACUUCUUGCGGAGAUAUUGUUUCCAGCCCCGAAAGACUGUCGGGGAGACACACAUAUUUUAGGGCGAGCAGGUGAGUCUUGA